AUGCCGCCCUCACUGAUGGCCAACAGGGUCUCUCUCCUGGAGCUGGCCGACCUGGCAAUUGGCACUCCAGAAGUGGGCGCGGUGAACUUUACGGCUUUGCACACACUGAUAGUGUCCAUUCUCAAGAGUCUCAACCUCCAAGAGGUACUUAUCGAUUUCCACUACCCGUCGUCGGCUGAGCCUGGCCGCGGAGCUGAGUUGACGCGCGGCUCCUUCAGCGCCCCGCAUGUGUCAACCAGCAAAGAGAGGCGCCGGAGUCUGCCUAGGCUGUCACAGACUCCGCAGGAGCUGGAAAACCAGGUGAAGGACCUGGGUACCCAGGUACAGGACCUCACCAAACAGCUUAAAACUAUGGACAACAAAAUGCAGGGCAUUGCCACACAAAUAGAUCACAUCUCCACACCCCCUGAACUGCGGCAGGAGUUCUCCAGGUCGGAAGAGGAGGUAGCCCUGGUGGCCCAACAGAUAUCCCUAACAAAGUUCUCCAAGAUCUAUGAAUCUGAGGAUAUGCUGGAGAAAACUGAGCCCACAGUCGAGAUGCCCACCCCGGCGGCACAGCUAAAGCCCUCAAGGACUCCCAGCCUGACCAAGUCCGCGGGCGUGCUCCAAGAACUCAUAGAAGAUGUGAAAAUUCUGAAGCAGGCUCCCGAGCUGCAGGAUCUCCUUCAGCGUUUUAAUGAACUGGAGAAGCUAGUUAAAGGCCGAGAAGAAUACCUGGAUCAAUUAAGUCGAAGGCUGAACCUUGUUCCGGGUGGUGAAGAAAUCACCAUGGUGACCUGGGAAGAGCUAGAACAAGUGAUUGGUGACGGCUGGAGGGCCUCCAAAGGGAGCUCAGAUUCGUCAACGACAAUAUUUGGCAAGCACAAAUUUGCCUCAAGUGACCACUUUCCAAGUGGAAUGUUUCCCAGGGCUGCCGACCAGGCCCCAGAUUCCACUGAAGGGGUCUCCAGCAGAGAUCAGAGCAGAUCUACUAUUGCAUUUCGGGAUAUGGCCCGUGAGCCAUCCCAGGUCAUAUCUAUGACAGAUCGCCAGACGCGACAGGACAGAGAUCAACGUGGUGGGGUACCCGGGUCUGAACCACUUGGCGUGGAUCAGCCUGGACUGAUAUACCCUGUGAUGCCCCUUACUACGGGUCAGCUUGGUGUAAUGCCCCCAGAAAUGCAUGGCCAGGGACCGGUACCUCCCGAUACAGAUCAGAGUGGUGUGCUCCCACCAUCAGGACCUGACAGGGAACCGGGAAAAGGAUUGGUAAUGCCUGGCGUAGAUCAGCGUGCAUUCCCUCCGUCUCUCUCAGAUCAACGUGGCUUGGUGUCACUUGGUCUGAUGCAAGUUACAGAUCAACAAGGUUUUAGACAGUCCAGCUUAUCUCGAUUUAUACAACCUGGUACGGACCAGGCCGGGGCAGAGCAGCGCCAGCAAGUACAGCCUGAGGCAGGUAGGCGGGGUUUAGUACAGCCAGGGGUUGAUCAGAGGAGUGUCCCACAACCCGGGGCAGAUCAACGCGGUUUGGGACAACCUAGCACAGAUUGGAGUGGUUUGCCUAGUGCAGAUCAGCAAGGUUUGGUACCAGCUGGAAUGGAUCAGCAGGAGCUGGGACAGCCUGGUGUGGUUCAGCACAGGCUGGUACAGCCAGGUGCCUAUGCACCUGGGUUGGUGCAAGUUGGUGCAGGUCAGGAUGGUUUGGUUCAACCUGGAAUGGAUCAGCGUGGCCUGGUACAGCCUGGUACAGACUGGAGUUCAGUGCAGCCUGGUGUAGAUCAGCCUGGCAUGGUCCCACCUGGUGCAAUUCAGCCUGGCAUGGUCCCACCUGGUGCAGUUCAGCCUGGCAUGGCCCCACCUGGUGCAGUUCAGCCUGGCAUGGCCCCACCGGGUGCAGUUCAGCCUGGCAUGGCCCCACCUGGUGCAGUUCAGCCUGGCAUGGCCCCACCGGGUGCAGUUCAGCCUGGCAUGGCCCCACCGGGUGCAGUUCAGCCUGGCAUGGCCCCACCGGGUGCAGUUCAGCCUGGCAUGGCCCCACCGGGUGCAGUUCAGCCUGGCAUGCUUCCGCCAAGUGCAGUUCAGCCUGGCAUGGUCCCACCGGGUGCAGUUCAGCCUGGCAUGGCCCCACCGGGUGCAGUUCAGCCUGGCAUGGUCCCACCUGGUACAGUUCAGCCUGGCAUGGCCCCACCGGGUGCAGUUCAGCCUGGCAUGCUCCCGCCUGGUGCAGUUCAGCCUGGCAUGCUCCCGCCUGGUGCAGUUCAGCCUGGCAUGCUCCCGCUGGGUGCAGUUCAGCCUGGCAUGCUCCCGCCUGGUACAGUUCAGCCUGGUAUGUUUCAACCAGGUAUAGGUCAGCGUGGCCUGGUCCAGCCUGGUGCUCUUCCUAGUGGUUGGGGCCAGCCUGAUGCAUACACACCUGGCUUGGUCCAACCUAGUAUAGGUCAGUAUGGUUUGGUUCAGCCAAGAGCUGAUCAAUAUGGUUUUGUGCAGCCUGGUGUAGCACAGGGUUUAGUCCAACCUAGUGACAGUCAGCGUGCUUUGAUGCAAGCCGGAGUGGGUCAAGUUGAGUGGGUACAAUCUGGCUCGGAUGAGAGUGGUUUAUCCCAACGUGGAAUGGCCCGGCAGGGCGUGGCACGAUCUGGCAUGGCCCGGCAGGGCGUGGCACAGCCUGGCACGGCACGGCAGGGUGUGGCCCGGCAUGGUGUGGCACAACCUGGCGUGGCACGGCAGGGUGUGGCCCAAGCUGGCAAGGCCCGGCAGGGUGUGGCACAACCUGGCAUGGCUCGGCAGGGUGUGGCACAACCUGGAGAGUUUGGCUUGGCACAGCCUAUAGUGGACCAGAGUGGUUUUGUGCAGCCUGGCAUGGACCAACGUGGCUUGGUACAACCUAGGAUGUACCAGUAUGGUUUUGUGGAGCCUUCUGAACUUCAGCGUAACUUCAUGCAACCCAGAGCAGUCCCGCCUAGGCUGAUGCAACCUGGCAUGGAUCAGCGUGGCCUGCUGCAGGCUGGACUAGCUCAGUCUAGGAUGGUACAGCCAGUGAUGGAUCAGCGCAGCCUGGUGCAGCCUAUCAUGGAUCAGAGUGGCUUAAUGCAGCCUGGAACUGUUCAGCCUAGUCAGAUGCAGCCGGGUAUAGGUCAGCGUGGCCUGCUGCAGUCUAUCAUGUCUCAGUAUGGCCUGAUGCAGCCGGAUGCAGUUCAGCCUGGUUUGGUGCAGCCUGGCCUGGAUCAACAUGACUCCCUGCAGCAGCUCGGGGAAGAAAAGCAGGAGUUACGGCAGGCUGGCCUGGAUCAGCGCCGCUCACCAAAACCUGGGGAAGAAAAGCCUGGCUUACUGCAGCCUGGGGUGGAUCGGCCUGACUUGUUGCAGCCUGGGGCAGAUCAGCCUGGUUUGCUACAACCUAGGGCAGCUGGGUUUGACAUGAUUCAGCCGGGGAUGGUUGAGCCUGGUGCAGGCCCUCCGGGUUUGGAACAAGUUAUCUUUGACUCGGGGACUCAAGAAUCCUGGAGCUAUCUCCAGCAACUCUCAUCAGCGAGUGAGACUCGGCAGCGAGAACGAGAGCGACAGGAGUCCCUGGAGAAACUGGCGCCAAGCUUCCCCAUGGCGGUGGAGACAUUCCGCCUGAUAGGCGAGCUCAUUUCACUUUAUAUGGAACUGAAGGAGAAGUUGAAAGGCCUGGACGAGGAACAGGUCGGCAUGACUGACUUCGAGAAAAUCCAGUACCUGAUCACAACGAUAGUCAAAAAGAGCGUGCCGCAGGACCUGCAGGAGCAGCUGAAGAGCCUCAGGACUCUGAGCAAAGAGGUGCGGCAGGACAAGGCGAAGCUGGAGAAGAUACAAAGGUUUCUGGACACCGACAUCUCUGUAGGGAAGGAAGUGAAGCCAAGCCAUCUGAGCUUGCAGCUGGGCAUCCUCAGAGUCACCGUGUCUGACAUCGAGAAGGAGCUGAUCGAGCUGAGAGAGAGCCAGGAUCGAGGCAAGGCUGCCAUGGAGAAUUCUGUCUCUGAGGCCUCUCUUUACCUGCAGGAUCAGUUGGACAAGCUCAGAACCAUCAUCGAGAGCAUGCUGAGCUCCUCCUCCACGCUGCUCUCCAUGAGCAUAACCCCGCACAAGUCCACCGCAGGCCUCGUGCCCGGCCAGAUCGACCCCGAGGCCACCUGUCCAGCCUGCAGUCUGGAUGUGAGUCACCAAGUCAGCCUGCUGGUACAGCGCUACGAGCAGCUACAGGACAUGGUCAGUGGCCUCGCUGCCUCCAGGCCCUCCAAGAAGGCCAAGCUUCAGAGCCAGGACGAGGAGCUGCUGGGCCACGUGCAGAGCGCCAUCCUGCAGGUCCAGGGCGACUGUGAGAAACUCAACAUCACUACGAGCAACCUCAUCGAGGACCAUCGGCAGAAGCAGAAAGACAUUGAUGUGCUGUAUCAGGGGAUAGAAAGGCUGGAGAAGGAAAAGGCGGACAGAGAGCACCUGGAGAUGGAGAUUGACGUGAAAGCGGACAAGAGCGCUCUGGCAUCCAAAGUGAGCCGGAUCCAAUUUGAUGCCACUACAGAGCAGCUGAACCACAUGAUGCAGGAACUAGUGGCCAAGAUGAGUGGGCAGGAGCAAGACUGGCAGAAACUUCUGGAUAAGCUCCUGGCAGAGAUGGACAGCAAGCUGGACCGCCUGGAGCUGGACCCGUUGAAGCAGAUGCUGGAGGAUCGCUGGAAAUCACUGCGGCAGCAGCUCAAGGAGCGCUCUCCACUCUACCAGGCCGAUGAGGCAGCGGCCAUGCGGAGGCAACUCUUGGCUCAUUUCCACUGCUUGUCCUGUGACCGUCCCUUGGAGACAACUGUGACUGGACAAGUCAUCUCAAUGACCCCCAUAAUCCCGAGCAUGCCAGGGCACCGUUCCAUCCGGCCUUACACUGUGUUUGAACUAGAGCAGAUCCGACAGCAGAGCAGAAACCUGAAGCUGGGCAGCAGCUUCCCUCGGGGCGAUCUGUCUCAGAUGGAGAGGAGCGUGGGGCGCCUGCGCAGCAUGCACUCCAAGAUGCUGAUGGACAUCGAGAAGGUGCAGAUCCACUUCGGAGGGUCCGUGAAGGCCAGCAGCCAGAUGAUCCGGGAGCUGCUACAUGCUCAGUGCCUCAGCCAACCAUGCUACAAACGGGGAGCAGAUACAGCAGAUUAUACCUACUCAACGGUGCCCCGUCGCUGUGGGGGCAGCCACACCCUCACCUACCCCUACCGGCGAAACCGCCCGCAGCACCUGUCUCCACUGGAGGAAAUCCAGAUUGCCAUGAAGCACGAUGAGGUUGAUAUCUUGGGCCUCGAUGGACACAUCUACAAGGGACGCAUGGAUACACGGUUGCCAGGCAUCCUAGGGAAAGACGCAAGUGGGAGGCAGGCCCAGCACGCCCGGCCCCACAUGCACAGGCAGCCAAACAUGGGCAACAUGGGCACGCCACCCUCUCGGCCGCAGAGUGCACAGAUGUUAGCGGACAGCAAUGCAGCUCCCUCAGGGCAAAAGAAAGACAGACCAGUCUCCUCUGAGGGGCGUCUCCUGCAGUCGACCAUGCCCACAGACAUGGCAAGUUUGCAGGGUGGCCAACCCGGGCUGAAUAUGCGCAUGGAUGUGCCUCCCGGGGAUGGGCUAGAAGAGCCCACCCGGGGACCACGGUCCACCACUGCUCACUAAA